ACAGCACCCCUCCCCCCUUGCUCCAUUCGCCUCCAUUCGCCUCCAGAGGCCAGAUUGUCUUGUCACCCACAGCCUAACCUGUUUUCCCCCAUAUUCCAUCAUCUCCACCAGCUUCUUCUUCUCUUUUUCUCUUCAUCUCCCUCCCCCAAUCUUCUUCAUCGGUGUCUUCUCUAUAGGUUCCCGUCAUCUUCUCGUCGUCAUGUUCUUCAAGGCUUCUUUGCUCGCCCUCGUGGCUGCUCAGGUCUUUGGCGCUGUUGCUCAGGACGCUCCUGAAGCCAAUGCCGCUCCCAAGGCUCCUCUCAAGGCUGACAUCAAGGCUACUUUCCCCGAAGCUGAUAUCCUCGGCGUCAAGCUCGUCAAUGGUCGUCCUACCAAGGCUGUCAUCGAGAUCAACAACAAGGAUGCCAAUGCUAUCAAUGUCGCCUUCGUCGCUGGCUCUCUCAACACCAUGAAGGAGCUUCCCGAGGACAGCCCCCGCUACGCAAGCAUCGUGCGCAACUUGACCUCUGUCCAGUACAACAUUGAGGUCCCUGCCGGCGAGAAGAAGGAGCUUCCUUUCUCUUUCGCCCAGGAUAUGCAGCCCCAGGAGGUCCGCGUUGAGCUCUCUGCUGUCGUCACUGAUUCUACUGGCAACCUCCACCAGGUCUUGGUUCACAACGGUCCUGCUUCUAUCGUCGAGGCUCCCACCAGCUUCCUUGACCCCCAGAUUAUCUUCCUCUACCUCUUCCUCUCUGCUGCUUUCGCCGGUACUCUCUACUUCGUCUACAAGACCUGGAUCGAGGCUCUCUUCCCUCAGGCUAAGCGCCCCCGUACCAACAAGAAGGCCAAGAAGACCAUCGACGUUGCUGAGCCUCUCUCCGGUUCCGAGUCUACCCCCGUUGCCGUCCCCUCUGGAAAGGACUACGACGAGAGCUGGAUCCCUGACCACCACAUCAACCGUCCUGUCGCCCGCCGCGUCAAGUCUGGCGCCAGCGCCAAGACCAAGCGAGUCGAUUAAGGAAGUGAGAUAUCUUCUUUUCGACGUGUUGCGCACAUGCGCACUGUAUUUUGUGACGAAACCAUGUCUGAGUUCCAAGGGUCAUGGCGUAAAUGCCUGGGUAGACUAGGGGUUGGGUAUCAUGAGAAAUGAUCUGACUCGUCACAUGGCAAUGGAUCAAGGGACAUCAUGAGCCAAAAGUAUCUGUUGUAUAUUAUAUGUAUCAAAACGAGCAUUGAGAAAAUGACAUACUUUUCCCACCCGUUGCUACGAGA